AAUAACUUCUGUUAACUGUUCAAUAUGAAAGAUUUAAAUAUUUGUAUGCAACGUCGAUAUCUGAUAUGCCUCCUAGGUUUCUUUGGUUUUUUUAUAAAUUACUUAAUGAGAGUAAAUUUAAGCGUUGCCAUUAUUACAAUGACUAAAGACAAACAUACUUUAGAAGUAAGUAUAUAAAUUUUUCUUGUAUUUCGUAAUAUAUUUUUAAUAAACCUUUUAUUACAAAAGGGUUCGAAGAACUUCACUUGGUCUAAGGAUCAAGUAACAUAUUUACUAGGAACUUUUUUUUAUGGAUAUUUGCUGACACAAAUUCUGGGAGGAUAUGUAUCUAGCAAGCAUGGAGGGAAAAAGGUGUUUUUAGGCAGCGUUUUUAUUAGUUCCGUAUUAUCAUUGAUGACACCAGUAUGUGCACUUCUGAACUUCUAUGCUCUUUUAACAACUCGAUUCAUGUUAGGAGUGGUUCAAGGUGCAAUGUAUCCUUGUUGUUAUUGUAUUUUACAUAAAUGGGCUCCGCCUUGGGAACGAAGUCGUCUUCUUAUACUCAUAUUUACAGGAAGCUAUGCAGGUACCGCCGUAGCCAUGUCCUUAGGUAGUAUCAUAUGUGAUACUAUUGGUUGGUCAUGGAUAUUUUAUAUACCUGGAUUUUGUGGAUGCGUUUGGUGUAUUUCCUGGAUGUUUUUAAUUAGUGAAUCACCAACGACCGAUAAAAGAAUCAAACCUCCAGAGUUAAUAAUCUUACAAGAAGCUUUGAAAACUUUUACUGAAGACUUAAAUAUGUCAAUUCCAUGGAAACGGAUUUUUUUAUCUCCACCAGUUUGGGCAAUUAAUAUUGCUGAUAUGAUCACUAAAACCGGAUGGAUAAUUAUACUUUAUAUUGCAAGUGGUUUCUGUUUAAUGGGAGCAAUUGUUUAUGCAAUUUGUGCCUCAGGACGAAGACAAUAUUGGGCAAUGAAUACUUUUCGGCGUGGGAAUAAAACUUCAAAAUUGUCAAGUACAUUGUUAUUUUCCCUUCCCAGUGCUAGAAAAUCACUCAAUGAAACAUUUUCAAAUAAAAAAAUAACGGAUGAGAAAACUUCUGAUGGCAAAACAACUGACGAAAAUAACGAAAAACCAUUUCAUGAAAAAACAUCUGAUAAGAAAAUAUCUGAAGAAAAAAAAUUUAGUGAAAAAAUUUCUGAUGAAAAAAUACUUAAUGAAAAAGCAUCUGAUAACAAAGUUAUGCGGUGGAAAUUAUCUGACGAAAAAAGACCUGGCGAAGAAGUACCUGGUGAAAAAAAAUAUGAUGAAGAAAUUUCCAAUAUUGGUUGGAGUGCCAGCAACAAAUCCACACUAAUAGGUAUAUUUUUCUACGGAUAUAUUUUAACACAAUUUUCUGGAGGAUAUUUAGCUGAUCGUAUUGGUGGUAAAAAAGUAUUAUUUGGCAGCGUUCUAUCCAGCUCUAUAUUAAGUUUAUUCACACCACUAUGUGCAAAGUCAAGCGUACCAACUUUAUUUAUUGUACGUUUUUUAAUAGGACUUUCUCAGGGUGUGAUGUACCCUAGUGUAUAUCCCACUUUACGUAAAUGGGCACCUCCAUGGGAACGAGGUCAACUUUGUUUAAUUGUAUUUACUGGGAAUUAUGUCGGUACUACUAUAGGUCUACUGUUAAGUGGUGUUAUUAUUUCAAAAAUUGGUUGGCCAUGGGUAUUUUAUAUAUUUGGUAUAUUUGGCAUUUUAUGGUGUAUUACAUGGCAGUUUGGUGUUAGUGAAUCGCCCGUUAACGAUAAGCGUAUCAGUAGACAAGAGCUGUUGAUAUUACAAGAGGCAUUGAACACAUUAACUAGAGAUUAUAAUCCACAAAUACCAUGGAAAAAGCUUUUUAAAUCUGUACCUGUUUGGGCAAUAGCUGCUGCCGAUUUUGGAAAUAGUUUUGGAUAUUAUUUAGUCCUAACGCAAUAUUCAGUUUAUUUGAAUGAUGUACACUAUCCUACUAGAAAAAUUGAUAAUUUCGGCUUAAUAGCAUCAAUUCCACAUAUAAUAAUGAUUUUUACAAGUCUUACAAGCGGUUACAUGGCAGACUUAUGUAUAAAAAAGGAAUGGAUGUCAGUAACUGUCUGUCGAAAAGUUUUUACUUGUGGCGCAUUUUUAGUACAGGCAAUAACUUCUAUUGCUGCUGCAACCGCAACAAAUACAACAGUUGGUCUCAUUCUUAUCAUUUUAAAUGUUAGUGUUGGAGCAAUUGGGUGGGCUGGUUACAGUGUGAAUCACUUAGAUAUAUGUCCACAAUAUGGUGGUAUUUCAAUGGGAUUAGCAAAUACAUUUGGAACUAUGCCUGGAAUAUUAAUGACAUUGCUUAUUAAUUUUUUUGUAUCAGAUGAUACUAUUAUGAUGGCAAAAUAUACAAAAUGGAGAAUAAUUUUUUUAAUCACAACGGCAUUUUGUCUACUGGGAUUCAUUGUAUAUGCACUCUGUGCUUCUGGAGAGAGACAACCUUGGGCAAUGAAUAUUUAUCGGCACAAAAGUAGUAUGAAAAGUAUAAAGAGUGAUGAUGAAAAUAAUUCGGAAGAAGAUAUAGGAGGAUGGGAAUCUGGGGAAAAUGUAAUAUUAAUUCUCCGCAGAAAUGAUAAAACAGAUAAUGAAGGUAAUGAAGAUAAAGAGACUGAAGUUAAAAUAUACAAAGAAGACGAAAAAUAUAAAGAAGAAGAAAACUAUAAAGCAUAUGAGAAAGAUAAAGAUGAUGCUAGAGAUAAAGUUGUAACGAAUUUGGAUCAUAAAGAAAGUCAAGAACCGAUAGCGGCUAUAGAGUAUAAAGAAGCAGGCAUGGAAAAUAGAAUUCCCAAUAAAGAUUACGAAGAUAAAAAAGACUCAUCUAAUAAACGAUUAGGUUUUAAAUAA